AUGGCACUGGCAGUGGCCCUGGCCCUGGUCCUGGCCCUGCUGGCUCCUGCUGCCGUGGCACCAGGGCAGGACCCACUGCUGAACGUGUGCAUGGAUGCCAAACACCACAAAAGAGAGCCCGGCCCCGAGGGGAACCUGUACGGCCAGUGCUCCCCCUGGAAGGACAAUGCCUGCUGCACAGCCAACACCAGUUCAGAGGCUCACAGGGACCAGUCCUUCCUCUACAACUUCAACUGGAGGCACUGUGGGGUGAUGCCACCCAAAUGCAAGCGCCACUUCAUCCAGGACACGUGCUUGUACGAGUGCUCACCCAACCUGGGGCCCUGGAUCGAGCAGGCUGGCAGCAGCUGGCGGCGGGAGAGGAUCCUGCAGGUGCCCCUGUGCAGGGAGGACUGCGAGCAGUGGUGGGAGGACUGCAAGGACGCCCGCACGUGCAAAGAGAACUGGCACAAGGGCUGGAACUGGGCAACAGGAACGAACCGCUGUCCCUGGGGCUCCAUGUGCAGACCCUUCAGGCAGGUGUUCCCCCGCCCCAAGGACCUGUGUGAGAAGAUCUGGUCCAGCUCCUUCAGCUACAGCCCCGAGCGCCGGGGCAGCGGCCGCUGCAUCCAGAUGUGGUUCGACCCCGCCCAGGGCAACCCCAACGUGCCUGUGGCCAAAUACUACGCUGAGAGGAAGAGAUCCCGCCCUGGCCAGGGGCACGACGUGGCUCCUGAGAGUGGCCGAGCUGUGCGUGCUCGGCCCUGCUCUGUGCUGCUCCUGCUGCCCCUUGUGCUGCUCCGCGGGGGCUCUGGGGGCUGUGGGGGCUGUGGGGUCCGUGCACGGGGGUCCCUGUGA